AGCAGCGGCGGCGGCGGACGGAGGGAGCGGAUAAAGCUGAUAUCGCUGAUAUCGCUGCUAUCGCGACAGCCCCGCGGCUUUCAGCGCCGCCACUCUCGGGAUUACCGUUUUUGGGAUUUGCCUUUCUCCUGACGGACCUACUGGGCGCCCGCCCCGGAUUAUAAUUGCAGCAUGACCUUGGAGGAGCUGGUGCCUUGCGAUAGCAGCAAGAUGCAGGCGGUGGGCGAGGCGGUGGAGCGGGUGCUGGUGGCAGCGCAGCGGCAGGAUCGGCUGACAGUGGGGGUCUACGAGUCUGCCAAGCUGAUGAAUGUGGACCCCGACAGCGUGGUGCUGUGCCUUCUGGCCACUGAUGAGGAGGACGAAGGUGACAUCGCCCUGCAGAUUCACUUCACCCUCAUCCAGGCUUUCUGCUGCGACAACGACAUUCACAUCCUGCGCCUGUCGGGGAUGCAGCGCUUGGCCACCAUCCUGGGCGAGCCUGAGCCUGGUGCUGAGCCCCGCGACCUCCACUGCCUCUUAGUCACGAACUCCCACACGGAUGCCUGGAAGAGCCAAGGCUUGGCAGAGGUGGCGAGUUACUGUGCUGAGAGCCGAGACCGAAACCAGUGGGUGCCCUACGUGUGUCUGCAGGAGCGCUGAGCCCAUCCUGCCCCAUCCCCAGCUCUGCACCUGAAGGAGGAAGAGGAAUCAAAACCAAAAAACACCCCAUAAAACGGCAGGAAAAGGAAGGAGAAAACGGCCAGUUCGAAAAAAAAAGACACCCAAACCAACACAGACCCAAACACCCACCGAUAUUUUCCUUUUGCUUUUGAACCGGAGAGGAGGGAGCAGCAGCCCGGCCACAGCGGCGGGCGUGGGAAGGAGCAGAGCCGCGGCCGUGCCGGUGGGACGCUGGCCAGAGCACACCGGAGCCGUGCCGAGGAGUUUGUGGUGGUCGUGGGAACACGCCGAGGAGCCCCGGGCCGGGCGCUGGGAGGAGCCUGAGACUGCUCUGCUUUUCGUCUUUGGCCUCGGUGGCUUGAGGAUGGCGAAGGGACGGAGUUUUGUGAACAAACUGCUUUUCUUUUCCAGGGGACCGAUUUUUUUCCCCCCCUUUACCCCCUGGCAGUCAUGGACCUGCACUGCCACCCCUUGUUUUUUGCACUCGAGCCCCCUGGAGACCCUGAGUUGAAUCUGGGCCAGAGUCUGUUCUUAUACUGAUGGAGGAAAAAAAUACUUCUUUGCAAUAAAAUGUCUGAUGUCA